CACACAAUCUCAGCCUUCUCUUAAGAAAGUUGUCUGUCAAUCUCAAAACAACCACAAGCAAAAUCUUCGUGUUUUCAAAAACCACCACUCACUACAUUCUCAAAAUGGGUACGUAGUUAGGUUCCUUCUUACCCUCUCUGUGCCUUUUAUCUACCUGGCGGGGGGUCCAAUUGGCGGGGUGUUUAACCCUUCCUGGAGGCCUUUGGAGGUCGAAUCGAACCACCACACCAACCUUAGUUUCUUCGUAUUUUCUUUUUGUCUUUGCGCGGACGAUAAAACUUAUAGUUGGAGAGAUUUUCUUGCUGACAAUGAGCUGUAAUAGCUGACCACGGAUGCUCCUGCGGUGCUUCUUGCCAGUGCCCUGCCGGCUCCUGCCAGUGCCCGAAGAAAUAAAUUACUUUCAGUAUCCCGACGCGCUCCAGCGAGUGCAAUAGAACAAGUCUUGAUGAUGGU